AUGACCAUGUGUAGCGGAACAAUCGUUGUUGUUCCCAGAAAUCUGCUGCACCAAUGGCAAUCAGAAUUAGAGAAGCACGUGGAAGAAGGUCACUUGAAAGUUUUAGUCAUGGACAAUGCUCGGAUACCUCUCCCACCGCCGCCGGAACUAAUUACCUACGACCUCGUCUUGUUCAGUCGAACGCGAUUUGAAGCCGAAUUUCGCGAUGGCUCGGACGAGAAAGGCCGUCGACCGUCUUACAGUGUUCCACUUUCAUGCCAAUGCCCGUACAUCGGUGCAACAAGAACCAGAAACUGCACCUGCCUGAAACAAGAGGACCUUCAUGAUUCGCCGUUGAAGGGUCUGCAUUGGCUAAGGAUCAUGAUCGACGAAGGGCAUAAUUUCUCGUCGCCAACCUCAAACGCUGUGUUGGUUGCACAGAAGCUGGUCAAGGCGGAGCGACGCUGGGUAAUUUCCGGAACUCCGGCUAAGGACGAUCUACUCGGAGUUGAGGUGGACCUCGCAUCAAAUGAGUCACCUGGUAUGGGCGUUGAGAAUGACGCUCAGACAUUGCGAGAUGUUGUUCUUCAGCAACGGAAACGCUACGGCGAUGAAGACUCGCGCGGCACAGGGGCCUCGAAGAGCCUUGGGCAGCUUGCAACCCAUUUCCUUCAGGUCAGACCCUGGGCAGAAACGAACUACGAAGAACGGGCAGACUGGAUGGAUCAUGUGUACAGGCAUGUGGAUCAAGGUAACAAGCGCCGUACCUUCGACGCGUAUUCACAAUGCAUGAAGAAGGCCUUGGAGCAACUCAUUAUCAAGACCCAACCAUUCGAUGUUGAAAGAGAUUUGAUAUUACCACCUCUUACUCACCGGGUCGUUAGGCUUGAGCCAAGCUUCUACGAUAAAGUUUCCGCGAACUUGUUCGUUCUUGUCUUGACAGCGAAUGCCGUCACGUCGGAAAGGACAGACAUUGAUUACCUAUUCCAUCCCCGCAGCCAACAAGCUCGGAACCAACUCAUCACCAACCUUCGCCAAAGUAACUUUUUCUGGACAGGGUUCAGUGAGAAAGACAUCGGAAAUGCAAUCGAACACGGAUGCAAAUACCUCGUCAAAGAAGAUACGAAAUGCUUAGAAGAAGACAGAAAGCUUCUGACGGACUGUAUAGAGUUCGCGGAAGAGUUCGUUCUUGCAUCAAACAAUUGGAAAGCCAUGAGUGCCACGCACGAGAUUGGCCUCUUUGUGGACUCCUGGCCCGGCAACACCUCACAUGCCUGGUCACUCGGCAAAGAACCUCCGGAGCUGUAUGGUGUUGCGCAACUGCUUCAAGCUCAGGCCCACAUAAAUGAGAGAUUGGGCAAUGAUCCAAUGGAAGGGUUUGAAGCUGCCGGCGUUGCUGCUUCUUUGGAUGCAUACCGCGCAGCUGAGAUGCAUGACAAGAAAUCCAACGCCGUCGAAGGAGAGGCUAUGAAGAUGGGAUUACCGUCCUCGAGCACUCACGUAGAAGUCAAUGUUUCCAGACUUCAUGCACCAUCAAAACAGCACGUGGCGCCGGGGCAGCCAGAUAGCCGAAAGCCUGGGAAGAACACAUCUGCUUCGGCAAAGAAGAACUUGAAACAAACAAAAACGGAGAAGAAAGCUCCUGAUGAAACGCCACGAAAACGCCCUAGGGACAGUGGUAUCGAGCUCAGUAGCGACUCGCCCUUGAGCAAGACCAAGAUCAUUGGGACUGUCUCUGCCAAGCUAACAUACCUCCUCGAGCAAGUCAUGACGUACUACAAAGACGAAAAGAUCCUCAUCUUCUACGACGGUGACAAUGCAGCGUACUACAUGGCUCAAUGUCUCGACGUGCUCGGCGUCCCCCAUGAGAUCUACUCGAAGGGUAUCUCGAACGAGCUUCGUUCCAAGUACAUCGUCAACUUUGACAAAGACUCAACGCUCAGAGUGCUCUUAAUGGACGUCCGCCUCGGUGCCUUGGGUCUCAACGUCAACCAGGCCUCGCGCGUCUACUUCAUCAACCCCGUCUGCCGCCCGAGCAUUGAGGCGCAGGCUGUCAAACGUGCCCAUCGUAUCGGCCAGACCAAGCCCGUCUACGUCGAGACGCUAAUUCUCAGCGGGACCAUCGAGGAGGCCAUGUUCGAGCGGUCCAAGGCCAUGACGCGCAACGAGCACCUGGAGGCGAAGACGCUGGAGGACGACCAGAAGAUCACCGACAUCAUCAAGGGCGCGCGCCUGCUGGCCGUCGACCCGGCGGAAGCGGUGGGCGAGCGCCAGAUGGCGCCGCUGGAGAGGCCGGAGCAGCUGUUCGGCAGGCCAGGCAGAGGCGCGUUGAGGAAGCUCGGAGGCUUUUCGCCGCCGUCGCCGAAGAGGCGCAAGAAGGAUGCGCGGGCCUCGAGGGAUGGUGCGAAGAGUUCGGUUGUUGCUGAUCGGGCGAUGGUCGGUUCGCCUUUGCAAGGGCGACAAGGCUCGGUGGUUGUGCGGGGCCAGUCUGGGACGCCGGCACCGCCGCGGUCGAGCCUGUUUGGUGGAGGUGGUUGA